AUGACGACAAUGAUUGACCUGGAAGAGAUCCAGACGUUUGCGGUGCAGCUGUCCAAGAAGGCGGGGCAGGCGAUCCUCGAGGGCUCGGCGCGGCGCUUCGAGGGCUUGAGCGGCUUCGACGAAAAGAAAAACACGGCCGACCUCGUCACCGAGACGGACCAGGCGACCGAGAAGCUCGUCAAGGACGAGAUCGCACGUGCCUACCCGCAUCACAAGUUCAUUGGCGAGGAGAGCUGGGCGGCUGGCGAGGAGAAUCAGCUGACCGACGAGCCCACCUGGAUCAUUGACCCCAUCGAUGGCACCACCAACUUCGUCCACGGCUUCCCCUUUACCUGCAUCUCGAUCGGCUUCGUCUACCGCAAGGAGCCCGUGAUCGGCGUCAUCUACGCGCCGUUCCUCGAGCACCUCUACCACGGCCUCAAGGGAUCCGGCUCGUACAUCUCGACGCCGCAGCACCCGGCGCCGCGCAGGCUUCCCCUCGCCGAGCCCCUGCCGCUGCCCUCGCUGCGCCAGGCCCUCGUCGCCUUCGAGUGGGGCUCGGACAGGAAGAGCGACAUCCUGGCCAAGAAGCUGCGCAGCUUCCAGCGCAUCACGGGCGACUCGGACGGCGGCGUCGAGGGCGGCCAGAUGGUCCAGGGCGUCAGGUCCAUGGGCUCCGCCGCUCUCAACUUUGCAAACGUCGCCGCCGGAUCCCUCGACCUCUACUGGGAGAUCGGUUGCUGGGCCUGGGACGUCUGCGCCGGCAUCGUCAUCGCAAAGGAGGCCGGUUGCGCCGUCGUCGGAUCGCGCGAUGCCGCCCUGGCCAGCCUGUCGUCGUCGGCCGCCGAGGGGCAGAGGUUCAACGACAUCCCGCCCGAGCUCCUCACGGGCCGCAAGUACGUCGUCGUGCGCGCCAUCGCCGACACCGAGUCGGAAACGGGCGUCGACGCGCAAAAGAGGACCAUCAAGACCUUUUACGACGCCGUCGAUGAGUGGGACCCUUGA